AUGCAACCGAUGCGCUCUCGUUCGGAACCCGACAACGACAAAGACAACGAGAGCGAUGUUCUUGAUGAUUUCCUUGAGGCUACGGUGAUUUCCCCAAGCAGCUGGUGGAGGAAAAAGAGCACGUGGCAUAUUGGACGAGAUGACAGACUCGAAAUGCCUAGUUCUCUCGAAAGACUCCUAGAUGAUUAUAACCUAGCGCUAAUUGUCGAGUCCCCAAAUGCUAAGCUCAUCCGUCCGAGACUGGAUGCCAUACUGAUCCAAAUCCUAUCCGUGGUGAAAGAAGCACGACGAAAGUCUGGGAAUGGCAGGUUCGGAAUAUCUGCCAUCCUGGACGCCGUUUUCUGGGGAUCCCGACACAGACUCUGCAUAGCACACGACUUUCAGGGCUGUAGUUACAUCGUUGGCUGCACGGUGCACUACGCUUUAUGGUACGGGAGCCGACAAGACCUCGAGACCAACUUUGUCGUUGUCCGAAGCAACAUGCUAAUGGAAGAUGAGUGUUGGAUGCCUCUUGCAGCAAUGUCAAUAAUUCACUACGCUCGAAAGAAAGCCGGAAGGAACGCGGAAAUAUAUGGUGUUUGUACUGAUAGUUACAAAUGGACGUUCUUGCACCUCAACAGCAAGAGUCAGUACUCGUCGCUCCACUUGGACUGGACAAAAGGUCAACAAGAAGAGAUCAUCAGCCAGAUUGGCAAGAUUAUUAAACAGGCAAUUGAGAUUGCCAUAUCAGAAGCUCAAAUGAACCGACGGAAAAUGACCGUGAGCCAGAUGACUGGCUGUGUGGUUUUGGAGGAACAGCCGAAGGACGGCAGCACGGGAGACAAGACCUCUGCGUUGACAUCACAUCUGCGUCUUCGAAUUCAUUACCCUGUCCUGACCCCAACAUUUGCAAACUCUAUCUAUUACCGCACUUCACCAAGCUAUUCGACUGACAUGGACUACUUUGAAAGAUUGAGGAUCCAAAUUGACAAAAGCUCAGCACAGGGUUCAGCCAUGCGGGGCAAAGCUGACAUCGCCGAAGUGCCCGUAGUGUCUAGGACUGUGGCCCAGCAAGGAAAAAGGCCUGCCACUUCAGAAAAUAACGAUCUGCCACAUAUCACAAUUGCCGAUAUACAACCCCAAGAUGUUCGUCGGUUCUUACGCCUCCAGCCAGAUCCGGAUCCUAGUUCUUGCUGGCAGUUGACAGCGCAGGACAAGAUUCAAGGACCUGAGUACUUAGGGUCAAUCCUGUCGGGCUAUUGGCGUGCGGCAGGUAGAGAUAGCGAGAACAAAGUGCUUUUGAGAGCCCGUCUUGAGACGAUUCUCGUUGCAGUCCUUGCAAGCAAGAAACGCGAGUCCGCCUCAGCGUACGGAUCACUUCAUCUUCAAUUCGAGAAGAAUUUGAGUUUGCCAUGGUCCUAUCAGAAUAAGGGUUACGUCUUAGAGGGCACGACAGACUACUCCAUUUGGGAGCGCGCUGGGCGCAACGAUACUACAGUGUACGGAAUCGUUACAGAUACCGACGAGUGGCGCUUUUUGUGCAUCGACAAGGAGUCUCGGUACUCAGGCUGUAUCAUGAGCUGGGACAAAGGACAGCAGGGGGAUAUCAUAUCGACGAUUUACAAGAUCCUCAACCAUGCUGCAGCGCUGGCGCAAGCUCUUGAGGCACCCAGUCUAACAGAGUACAGGAGUGUUGAAGAUUCCGGUGGUCUCGAAUGGUCGGACUGA